AUGACGAAUAAGGAUGAACAAUUGGAACUUGCAAAGUUAGCUGAACAAGCUGAACGAUAUCAUGAUAUGAUGGUUGCUAUGAAAAAAGUCGUUGAAACGAAUAGUAACUUAACGGAUGAAGAACUCAAUUUAUUCUCGCUAGCUUACAAACAAGUAGUCAACGCCUAUCGAUUAUCUUGGCAAACUUUAUCGAGUAUUGCAGAAGCAAACGAAGAAGGUUCCGAACUUCAACAAAAAAUAAUCAAGGAAUAUCAGAAAAAGAUUGAAAAGGAAUUGAAAGAUGUUUGUCACGAACUUUUAACCAUACUCGAUAAAUAUAUCAAGCCGAAAGCGAAAACAACUGAAUCACAAUUAUUUUAUCUGAAGAUGAAAGGUGACUACUACCGAUAUUUGACUGAAGUCACGAGCAACAAUGAACGACAAAUGUUAGCUGAAGAAUCAGAACUUGCCUACAAGAAUGGCUUCGAAAUGGCUAAGAAUCAUAUGAUAGCAACAAAUCCAAUCCGACUUCGUCUUGCUUUAAAUUUAUCUAUCUUUUAUUAUGAAAUUCUCAAUGAAAAAGAUGUUGCCUGUCGCUUAGCCAAAGAGGCUUUCGAUGAUGGUCUGAAUGGAUUGGCUAUUCUCGAUGAAAAUGCUUACAAAGGUAGAAAUAAAAAUUAUACAUUGUUAUAA